AUGACUCCCCCUCUUUCGCCGGUGCCUUCCUCAGUCUCCUCUGCUGCCGCCUCUCAGAUUUCACAUUGUUCUCGAGAUGGAGAGCCGCCGGUAACACGCGCCCUUGCGGACAUGAGUCUGUCCGUCGCAGAGAGUACGGGGGGUGCGCUACACGCGCACCCCUCGGUCACCAAGCCGCCCCGGUCCACCAUGGCUAACCGUCUAUCUCGCAUGUUCUCGAAUACCGGGCGGUCGACCCCGAAGGAAUCGUCGACGGACUCGCACAAGGACUUUUCGGAUAGCAGCUCCGACAGCGCUCGAGCGUCCUCCAUCACCGGCAGCAUCAAGCAGACCUCCUCCAACAAACCCUCCUCCAAACCCCCCUCGCGCCAGGCUUCCACCAACCGUGGCGAAGUCGUCGAGAAGAAGACGAAACCGGUGGCCAAGGAGGCCAAGGAGGGCGCCAUAGUCCACACGCGUUUCGAGAUUUUCCCCGAAGACCACAUGCACUGCCACCACCUCAAGAGCACCAAGCGCCAGGAGAAGCUGUCCAAUCUGCUGCGGGACAUUCUGGGCGGUGGUCGCAAGAAGGAUGACCACGCCGACGACCAGCAGCUGUCGCUCAUGUCCACCUGGAUCGACCAGUUCAAGAAUGAGCGCGACAAGCUGGCCGCCGACAAGAAGGGUGGACCCAAUGCCACCGCCUCGCUCGUCGACAAGUACGGCAAAUGCCAGGAAAUCGUCGGCCGCGGUGCCUUUGGCAUCGUCCGUAUCUCCCACAAGGUCGACCCCAAGGACUCCAAGGUCGAGCAGCUCUACGCGGUCAAGGAGUUCCGCCGCCGCCCGCAGGAGACGGCCAAGAAGUACCAAAAGCGCCUUACUUCCGAGUUCUGCAUCUCCUCCUCCCUGCGCCACCCCAACGUCAUCCACACCCUGGACCUGCUGCAGGACGCCAAGGGCGACUACUGCGAGGUCAUGGAGUACUGCGCCGGUGGCGAUCUCUACACCCUCGUCCUCGCCGCCGGCAAGCUCGAGGUCGCCGAGGCCGACUGCUUCUUCAAGCAGCUGAUGCGUGGUGUCGAGUACAUGCACGAGAUGGGCGUCGCCCACCGCGACCUCAAGCCCGAGAAUCUUCUCCUGACCACCCACGGCGCCCUCAAGAUCACCGAUUUUGGCAACGGCGAGUGCUUCCGUAUGGCCUGGGAAAAGGAACCGCACAUGACUGCCGGCCUCUGUGGCUCCGCCCCCUAUAUUGCCCCGGAGGAGUACACCGAAAAAGAAUUCGACCCGCGAGCAGUCGACCUCUGGGCCACAGGUGUCAUUUAUAUGGCCAUGCGCACCGGUCGGCACCUCUGGCGCGUCGCCCGCAAGGACGAAGACGAGUUCUACCAGCGUUACCUAGAGGGCCGCAAACAUGAAGAUGGCUACGCCCCCAUCGAGACAUUACAUAGGGCUCGUUGUCGGAAUGUGAUCUAUUCAAUCCUUGACCCAAAUCCUUCCCGCCGUAUCAAUGCCUCGCAGGUCCUCAAAUCCGAAUGGGUGCGGGAGAUCAAACUUUGCAAGGCUGGCGAGGAAGGCUUUUAA